AAAGGACAACCUCACCAAAAAAUUUCAGUAAAAUACAAAAUAAAUGUUGUUAAGGUGUGUACCUGCAAGUUAUACAGAAGAUGUUAGGACAAAAUUCUCUAUCAUGCUGCCUUUCAUAGUCUUAAAAAUACUUUUCAUUAUACAAAAAUAUCUGUCACAGUCAUUGUGGUAUAAAUAUGCUACUGGUUAAAAUUUAUGUUUUCAUAAACCCAAAAAGUUCUUGUAAGUUCCAGGGAGCUUAAUUAAAGGAUCCACCUUAAACAGGUCAGAUACACACCCUUCUCAAUUCCCUGAUCCUGAAAAAUUUUUCUUCCUAAAUUUAACUUUGUCCUCUGUUCUGUUAAUACCUUGCUAGAUCCAAGAGACACAGGAGAGUUCCAUACCACAAACCCUGGACAGGUGAAAAGUGACCAGCUACCCCAGGAUAUGACCAGCACCCAGUUUUCUCAGGUUCCCCCAAGACAAUGCCCACAAAUAAGCAGGAAGCUGUCUUGAGAAUCCUCCCUCCUGAUUUCUUUAACCUGUUGUGCCUAACUUCCCGCUUUUUCAUUAUAAAAAAGAGAUGGGAAUGUUAUGAUUUACUAGCCUGUCCUGUCACCUGGGUACUCUGUCCCUUUAAGAGGCAAGCCCCACCCACUCCCAACCAUUGCCUUCAACUGAGGCAAGCAGAUCUCUUGCCUCCUGCAUCCCUGAGCUCUCUCUCCUGAAGAGGUUGUUAUUUCCUCCUGUAGCCUGGACACCCGGUGAGCUGUAAGGAAACCUCUCAGGAUCCUCUGAGUGACACCAAGACCCACAGCUGUCAUGGGCUCCACAGAGAGGAAAGGCUUCAUCAUGUCUGUGGUUGAGUAUCUCUGGGAUACAAGGAACACAGAUGCCCUGCAGCUCCUGCCAACUAAAGAGGAAUCUGGAAGAGAACUUGUAGAAAGAGCUGAUUUGUCCAGUUUCUCUCCAUUUAAUUUGAUGUUGGCUGUCGGCUUGUUGUUUAUUGUUUAUAUUAUAUUUAGGACAGAGGAAGAUGCCUUGCAUGAAGCUCAUGGGGAGACCACAGUGGACAAUAAUGGAGACAAUAAAGACGAUCUCCAAAAUGACCUGCAAAUCAGGAAAAGGUUUCUGGAAGUUUAUCCUCAGAUGAAACUGGAGCUUAAGAAGCACAUUGGGAAGCUCCACGCCCUUGCAGACAAGAUUGACAAGGUGCACAGGGACUGCACCAUCACACAUGUGGUGGCCAGCUCCACCGGUGCUGCGUCUGGGGUCCUGACAAUCCUUGGUCUCGCUCUGGCACCUGUGACAGCAGGGGUCAGUCUGGGACUUUCAGCCACAGGCUUGGGGCUUGGGGCAGCAGCAGCUGUGACGAGUGUUUCCACAACCAUCGUGGAAAAGGUAAGCACGAAGUCAGCAGAAGCUAAAGCCAGCCAGGUUCUGACCACGAGUAAGAAUACAGUGAAGGGCAUUGAAGAAGUUGUGGAGAAGAGCACCCAUAGAAUUCCUUUCUCAUCUGUGAGUUCCAUCCGGAACCUGGAAGUCAUCAAGAAUAGCAUCGAUGCCAUCCAGCUGGCCAAAUCCAAAGGUAGCCUAGCAAUUAAUACCCAACAUCUAAUGACCACAGGGAAGGUGUCAUCCCAAGGCAUCACACAGGUGGAGAAAAUCUUUGGAAGCACUGCUCUGGUGGCAAUGACCAAAGGAGCCCGGUUCAUAGGUGUGGCCGCUGCAGGUCUCUUCCUUGUGCUAGAUGUGGUCAACCUCAUAGAAGACUCAAAGCAUUUGCAUGAGGGUGCAAAGACAAAGUCUGCUGCAAAGCUGCGGCAGAAGGCUCAGGAACUGGAGCAGAAGUUGCAGGAGCUCAUCCGGGUGCAUGACAUCCUGACUCAGUGACCUCUCUUCAGUGCAGCUCAGAACUGUAGGUAGGCGCUGCCCUGAACAAGGCCACAGACACAUGAGAGGCCCUGACUGUAUCCCAUCACAGCAAUGCCCCUGUGGCAGCAGUGCCUGCUAGAGGGAGAGGACACAGUCUGGGGAAGUGAUGAGGUUUAAUUGCUAUUGAAGUUUAAAAUCUGCUGCAAUUGGAUGAGAUCUGUUGAGAUGCACA